AACCUAUUUCUGUCUGAGCAGCUGCAGAUCUGUCCGUUUCCUCCAAUGUGUUUGAAUGCAGAUUAAUCCAUAGGAUGCCCUUUAGACGAACGGAGGGAUUCUAAACUGACUAAAUUGGAGUUUGCUUACCAAGGCAGCUGAGAUCAAAGUCUGUGUGAUUUAAAGUGGAGGAAAAUAGUGAACGGUCAUCAUGGCAGAAAACAACUUCCCUCCGCUGCCUCGAUUCAUCCCCCUCAAGCCAUGUUUUUACCAAGACUUCAGUGAGAUCCCAGACCAGCAUCGCACUAUGUGCAAGAGGCUCUACUACCUCUGGAUCUUGAAUAGCGCCACACUGGCUGUGAAUCUGAUUGGCUGUCUGGCGUGGAUGUGUGGAGGUGGUGGAGCGACCAACUUCGGCAUGGCCAUCCUGUGGCUCAUCCUCUUCACCCCCUGCUCCUACGUGUGUUGGUUCAGGCCCAUCUACAAGGCCUUCAAGACCGACAGCUCUUUCAACUUCAUGGCUUUCUUCUUCGUCUUUAUGGCGCAGGUGGUGAUCAGUAUAAUCCAGACUGUUGGCAUCCCAGGCUGGGGAGUGUGUGGCUGGCUGGCGACCAUCACCUUCUUCAGCACCAACAUUGGAUCAGCCGUGGUCAUGCUGAUUCCCACCAUCAUGUUUACUGCGGUAGCUGUACUCUCCUUCAUCGCCCUCACAAAGGUUCAUAACCUCUACCGUGGCAGUGGUGGCAGCAUGGGUAAGGCCCAGGAGGAGUGGGUCAGCGGGGCUUGGAAGAACCCCCACGUCCAGGAGGCGGCUCAGCAGGCGGCCAUGGGAGCGGCGCAGGGAGCGGCGCAGGGAGCCGGGCAGCAGAACCAGUACUCAGCAGCUCCCACCUACAACUACGACGAACCAAUGUAGGGCAGAGGAGGGGGCCAGGCUGCCGAGUGGGAGAGAUAAAAAGGGAUCAAUUAAGAACACAAUUCUGAAUUAGGUGCCCUUCAUUAUAACA